AGCAUCCCGUCCCCGCUGCUGGAAGGGAAAGGCGAAGGGGCCACUGACUGGGGAGGGGGAGUCUCGCCUGGCAGGCGCUUCUUCUCUUUCACGAGGGUGCCUCAGCCCAGGCCAUUCCCGUUGAGGGGAGGGCAAAGCAAGCCGCUGCGAGAGGGGCAAAGCUGGCAAAGCUUACUCUCCUGCUAAAGUCGUAGCCUGCUUGCCUCUCCUCUUCCCCGGGGACUGAGAGGAGCCAAGUGGGGUUGGAGGCAGCUGAGGAGGCGACCCUGGCUGGCCCUCGCCUGGGAAAGGAGAAGCCUCGGGGUGGGGUGGGCAGAGAGACGCGGCGCGAAGGAGCCAGCAAGCAAGUUGUGCCUGCUGCGUGUGCGGAGAUCUAUGUCUCGCGAGGAGCCGCAGAAGGUCACCGACAAGUGGAGGAGGCACCAUGGUCCUGGAGCGCAUCUUCAGUAUAUAUUUCCUGUGAAUUGUGCUGAAGAUAGAUAUACACGCUGCAAUGGUGACAUAAACUACUAAACUGGACUGGAAUAAAAUCUGAAAAUCUCUUUAAUCUCAAUGCUGCUGCUAUUGGAAACCAUCUAAGGCAUGACUUACAAAAUGACUUAUAUUGUGAAACUUCAUAGACAUUUCCAACGAACAGUUAUAUUGCUGGCCACUUUUUGUAUGGUGAGCAUUGUUAUUUCAGCAUAUUAUUUGUACAAUGGCUACAAACAAGAAAAUGAACUUUCUGAGAUCUCUUCAGAAGUGGAAUGUGGAGACCUUCCUGUACUGUUGCCAUACAAGUUAGCACCAUGGAAGAUGGUUAAGCCCAUUGAUCCCUUAAGGACUGAUCCUGUGGUACUAGUUUUUGUGGAAAGCCAGUACUCUGCACUUGGCCAAGACAUAAUAAUGAUUUUAGAAUCCAGCAGGUUCCAAUAUCAUAUUGAGAUUGCUUCUGGGAAAGGUGAUCUUCCUGUACUUAUAGAUAAAAACAAAGGAAAGUACAUUCUCAUAAUAUUUGAGAAUAUAUUUAAGUAUGUGAAUAUGGAUUCCUGGAAUCGAGGCCUUCUAGACAAAUACUGUGGAGAAUAUGGAGUUGGAAUGAUCGGAUUCCAUAAGAGCAGUGAGAACUCUCUACAGACUUCUCAGUUAAAAGGUUUUCCUUUUCACAUCCAUGGUAAUGUGGGUGUUAAGGACUGUUGCAUCAACCCUUAUUCAUCUCUGCUCCAUAUGACUAAAUCAUCAAAGUUUGAUAAAGGUCCUUUGCCAGGAAAUGACUGGACAGUUUUCCACAUAAAUCAUUCAGCCUACCAACCUGUUAUAUUUGCAAAAGUAAAAACGCCUGAAAACCUCCCACCUCCUGUAAUUAAAAGUUCUUUCCAUGCAACUGUUGUUCAUGACUUGGGUCUUCAUGAUGGGAUUCAACGUGUUCUUUUUGGCAACAAUUUGAACUUUUGGCUGCACAAGCUCAUAUUUAUAGAUGCUAUUUCAUUCUUGACUGGCAAGAGGCUUGCGUUGUCCUUGGAUAGAUACAUUCUUGUUGACAUCGAUGACAUCUUUGUUGGAAAGGAAGGAACAAGGAUGAAGGCCAAUGAUGUUCAGGCUCUGCUUGAUACUCAGAACCUUCUGAGAGCUCAAAUUGCAAAUUUCACUUUCAACCUGGGAUUUUCAGGGAAAUUUUACCACACAGGAACUGUAGAGGAAGACGAAGGCGAUGACCUAUUACUGGGGUCUGUGGAUGAAUUUUGGUGGUUCCCUCAUAUGUGGAGCCACAUGCAGCCUCAUCUCUUCCAUAAUGAAUCAUCCCUGGUAGAACAGAUGAUCCUCAACAAAAAAUUUGCCUUAGAACAUGGCAUCCCAACUGAUCUGGGAUACGCUGUGGCUCCACACCAUUCUGGCGUCUAUCCUGUCCACGUCCAACUUUACGAUGCCUGGAAGAAAGUCUGGAAUAUCAAAAUCACCAGCACAGAAGAGUAUCCACAUCUAAAACCUGCACGGUACAGAAGGGGCUUCAUCCACAAAAACAUCAUGGUUCUUCCUCGACAAACUUGUGGUCUCUUUACUCACACCAUUUUCUACAAAGAAUAUCCUGGCGGUCCUAAAGAACUGAACAAAAGUAUACAGGGUGGGGAACUGUUUUUCACUGUUGUUCUCAAUCCAAUCAGCAUCUUUAUGACUCACUUGUCUAACUAUGGGAAUGACCGCUUGGGUUUGUACACCUUUGUCAAUCUGGCUAAUUUUGUUCAGAGUUGGACUAACUUGAAGCUGCAGACACUACCUCCAAUUCAGUUGGCUCACAAGUACUUUGAACUCUUCCCUGAGCAAAAGGACCCUCUUUGGCAGAAUCCUUGUGAUGACAAGCGACACAGAGAUAUCUGGUCAAAAGAAAAAACCUGUGAUCGGUUACCAAAAUUCCUGGUUAUUGGACCCCAGAAAACUGGUACAACAGCUUUGUAUUUGUUCCUGAUUAUGCAUCCAUCCAUCAUUAGUAACUCCCCCAGCCCCAAAACCUUUGAGGAGGUACAGUUCUUUAAUAGAAAUAACUACCACAGGGGGAUUGAUUGGUAUAUGGAAUUCUUUCCUGCACCUUCCAACGUCACUACAGACUUCCUUUUUGAGAAGAGUGCCAACUAUUUCCAUUCUGAAGAAGCCCCUAAACGAGCAGCUUCAUUGAUUCCCAAGGCAAAAAUCAUCACCAUUCUCAUUGAUCCAUCAGAUCGAGCAUACUCCUGGUAUCAGCACCAGCGAUCACACAAAGACCCUGCAGCUCUAAAGUUUACCUUCUAUCAAGUGAUUAGCGCUGGACAUCAUGCUUCAGCAGAGCUUAAGGCUCUUCAAAAGAAAUGUCUAGUACCUGGAUGGUAUGCUACCCAUAUAGAAAGAUGGCUAACUUACUUUCCACCUUAUCAGUUACUAAUUAUUGAUGGACAGCAGCUGAGAAAUGAUCCAGCUAUCGUGAUGGACGAAGUGCAGAAGUUUCUGGGAGUUACUCCUCAUUAUAAUUACUCAGAAGCCCUAACGUUUGACUCACACAAGGGUUUCUGGUGUCAACUCUUGGAAGAAGGAAAAACAAAAUGUCUUGGAAAGAGCAAAGGCAGAAAGUACCCUCCAAUGGAUUCUGAGGGGUUUUCUGUCAAGCUACUACAGAGAUCACAAUGUGGAACUCUCAAAGCUUCUACACAAAUUGGGACAACCCCUUCCAUCAUGGCUGAGACAGGAGCUACAAAAAGUGAGAUAACAUUGGGGGAAAUGCUUCUAGAGAGAGCUCUUCUUCACUUCAAAUAUAAUCAGACCUGGUCUCUAGUAGCUACAAGAAAGCUGUUGGAAAAUCUGUCUCUUCAAGAGAACAAAAAUGUGAGGUUUGUGCCAUAUGCUGGCAAGUGGACUGUGAAAGUGUGUGCACUUGUGUCUUUGGAAGUGCAUGGUAUUUCAUUACAAUUUCUUGUUUCAUGGAGGUUACAUAGCGAAGGUCAUAUGGGCCAGCUCCCACUUAUUUCAGUGGGGCUGGCACAAGAGAACUUCUAGUGGGUUGUGCCCAUAACUUGCUGUGCAAAGGUGGAAAUAAAAAGCAACUGGCCUAGGUUUCAAAAACAAUAUACAACUGUCCAAAAUCAUAAUAAAUAUUUACAAUUUUAUAGAUUAUAUUCAUAUCAGUUUAAGAAUAUUGUGUCUCAUGUCAGUUUUGUAACACACUGUCUGCCUGCUGAGGUUUCUUAUUGUUUGAUUACAAUGCUGUGUCUUUUUUUAAAAUGAGAAAAUACGUAGCACAAAAUGCCAUAUGUAUUCCCCCUUUGCAAUCUGAUUCAAAGCACUGAACUAGGUGUUUUUUUAAGUCAGUUUAUGUCAUUUAGGAAUACAACAUAGGUGGGGAAUGCAUCAUAGUAUUCAAGAGAAAUGAUAUUAUGUAUUUGAGUUGAACGGCUGAAUCCUUUCACCUCAAUUCAUUGAACUGGGAGUUGCUGUAGCAUUGUGGAACCUGUCCCUUCCUGAACAGAUGACUGAUGGAAGAAGUCCUGCAGAUGCUCUGCUUGUAGAUCAGCAUCAGAAGUGCAUGUCCAACCAGGGCUUACAGAUAUUUAAGAUUUUCCCAAAUCAUAGUCUUACACAUUCUAUUCACCUUUUACUGGGUCAGGGUCUUUGGCCACUGCAGGAAAAAUACUUAGGCAUAAUUUACAAGGCUUUGGUUGUUUCACUUGCAUACCACAAACAAAAACCCUUACGUUGUUCAAGAAAGAAUUCCAAAAGAAUUAAAUCCAAACUUGUAAAAUAUUUUUUCAGGUUCACAGGAGUAAAAAAUCAUGUCGGUGAAAUAAUUGUAUUUUUUAAAAAAUUCAUAUCCUUUUUUUUGGUCAGUCUUUUGCCACUAGCUAAGCUGAUUUCCCAUCCCAACUUCCCCUCCUCCUGCCUAAAAUUGGAAAAGAUUCCACUGAUUCACUAGUACUACAUCAGAUGGAGAAAGUGGCAAGUAGCAUACUCAUAGCUGAUUUGCUUUAUUUACAUCAUUACGUGUUCUACAUGCUUUGGAUUUCUUAGAUACUAUAUUACGCAUUUCUUUAGUAUUUUCAAAAUGAACAGAUUCACAAGCUAUGGAGACAUUUGGAGGGAAUAUCUGCAGUUAAGUUAAUACAACAAAUUAAUCAAAAUUAUUUUUUAAGCAAUGAACAUUAUGCUGCUGGCCUAAAAAAAAUUAUGAACACAGUUAACUUUAAAAACCGAUGAUGAAAUUUCUGAAAGCAUGUAGCUCUGAUAAUUAAUAUUUUACAACACUAUAAUGACUAAAUGUGUAGCAAAGCUAGACAAUAUUAUGAACCAAGUUUAUGCUAUUGAUAUUUGGCUCAGGGUGCUUUGAAACUAAAUGGCUAGAUCUCUAACCAAAUAUAUCAAAAUAUUAGAUAUAAGACAGUAAUUAUGCACCAUUAUUUUCAGUACGGUUUACUGGAUGUAGCAUCUCCCAGCCAAGGUUAAGCACUGUUCAGUCCCAAUUAUUUUAAUGGAAAGCUACUCACAUGCUUAAAUGUGCUUGGAGCCCCUGAUUUAGGAAGCACUACAUUGAUAAGGAAAUAUUUUAAGCCAUUAGUCCUACUCCUUACCUUUUAGUUAAGUAAAGCAAUAAACUGAGUGCGAAUGGUCCCUUUAUUCAAUAUGGAAAUAACAAGCGCUCAGACUGUACCUCUGUCAUUACCACUUUAUGAACAAAUAUACAAUUGUACUGAACAACCACAUGUAUGCAGUAUCCUUUCCAUUUGUGAAGGAUUCUCUGCAGAAGAGUGCUUGCUUUCUUCCUUAUCCUGUCAUACAAAGCUAUAAUAGGUUCCUCCAAUCUACUGGUUUUCAAACUUUUGCUUGAUAAGUAGAAACUUGGCAUUACUCAAAGAAAGAUCCUUAGUGGCAGGCAAGUGCCCUUGAAAGAUAGUUUGCUAACCACA